UUUCAUUGAGAACUCGGAAGGCACCAGGUUAACAUCUAUGAAGUGAGUCCUCUCGGAGUGACUUCUCAUCUGUGCUGGAUUUUCUCUUUUUCCCACCUUCCUUUCCAGAGGAUAUAUUUAUUAUUUAUUUUUUUUACCCCCCCCCCCCCCAAGCCGCUCUAUCUGGAGUAUACAACCAAACUGUGGAUCUAUGCGAACCCUACGUGGGAGUUCACGACGUUUGUGAAGUUGAAGAGGAGGAAUGUAUCGUUUCUUUGUGAAACUAACAUUUCUGAUUUCAGCGAUCGUCAUCUCACAAGGUCUGAAAUGCUCCCUACCCACUGAAACAUGUCUAAACGGAGGAAGAUGUGAAGCCACCUCAAAUGGAAAUGGAGAGUGCAAGUGUCCCAGAGAUUACGUAGGUAACAGGUGCCAGUACCCAAGCCCGUGCAGCCCUUCACCUUGCCGGAACGGAGGCGACUGUCGGCCUGUUUCCCAUGGCAACACGUUUGACUUCCGUUGUGUGUGCCGCUUGGGGUUCACUGACCGCCUGUGCCUGACGCCAACCAACCACGCUUGCAUGAGCUCCCCCUGUCGCAACGGUGGAACAUGCGAGCUCAUGACCCUGAGUGCGUACCGUUGCCGCUGCCCACCUGGAUGGUCAGGUAAAAACUGCGAUACAGCCAACCCCUGUGCUUCAAAUCCAUGUGCCAAUGGUGGCCAGUGCUCAGCCUAUGAAUCCACUUUCAUCUGCACCUGCCCGCCAGCCUUCCACGGUCAGACCUGCAAACAGGACGUCAACGAAUGCGCUCAGACUCCCUCUCCCUGUCGUAACGGUGGUGUUUGUGUAAAUGAGGUUGGCUCAUACCACUGCCGCUGCCCUCAAGAAUACACUGGCCAGCACUGUGAGAUCCCCUACAUGCCAUGCAGUCCGUCACCAUGCCAAAAUGGAGGCACUUGUGUUCAGAAGGGAGACACCACCUACGACUGUAGCUGCCUACCAGGCUUCACAGGUCCGCACUGUGAACAUAACAUCGACGACUGCCCGGGCCAUAACUGUCAGAAUGGCGGUGCGUGUGUGGAUGGAGUGAACACCUAUAAUUGCCAGUGCCCACCUCAUUACACAGGUCAAUACUGCACAGAAAAUGUGGACGAAUGUGAACUGAUGCCCAAUGCUUGUCAGAAUGGUGGGACCUGCCAUGACACUCAUGGUAGCUAUCACUGCGUCUGUGUCAACGGCUGGACGGGAGAUGACUGCAGCGAGAACAUCGAUGACUGCGCCAGUGCGGCUUGUUAUCAUGGUGCUACCUGCCAUGACCGUGUCGCCUCAUUCUUCUGCGAGUGUCCACAUGGACGCACAGGUUUGCUGUGCCACCUUGACGACGCCUGCAUCAGCAACCCGUGUCAAAAGGGAUCCAACUGUGACACCAACCCAGUCAAUGGCAAGGCUAUCUGUACCUGUCCCCCAGGUUACACUGGAUCAGCCUGCAACUUGGACAUUGAUGAGUGCUCCCUCGGGGCCAAUCCUUGCGAACAUGGUGGCCGCUGCCUCAACACCAAAGGGUCUUUCCAGUGUAAAUGUCUCCAGGGAUAUGAAGGACCUCGUUGUGAGAUGGAUGUCAAUGAGUGUAUGUCUAAUCCUUGUCAUAAUGAUGCCACCUGCCUGGAUCAGAUUGGAGGUUUCCAUUGCAUCUGUAUGCCAGGAUAUGAAGGUGUGUUCUGCCACAUCAACACAGAUGAGUGUGCCAGCCAGCCUUGUCUCAACAAUGGCAAGUGUGUUGACAAGAUCAACUCCUUUCACUGCGAGUGCCCCAAAGGUUUUUCUGGUAAUCUGUGUCAAGUGGACAUUGAUGAGUGUGCCAGUACACCCUGCAAAAAUGGAGCUAAAUGCACUGAUGGUCCCAACAAAUACACGUGUGAAUGUGCAGAAGGCUAUACAGGGCAGCACUGUGAGAUAGACAUAAACGAGUGCUACUCUGAUCCCUGCCACUAUGGCACCUGUAAAGAUGGACUGGCCUCCUUCACAUGCUACUGCCGUCCUGGCUACACUGGCCGCCUGUGUGAGACCAACAUCAAUGAGUGUCUAAGCCAACCAUGCAAGAAUGGUGGAACCUGCCAGGACAGAGAGAACACGUACAUCUGUUCCUGUCCCAAAGGAACUGCAGGUUUCAAUUGUGAGGUGAACCUUGAUGACUGCAAGAGCAAGCCCUGUGACUACGGAAGGUGCAUUGACAAAAUCAACGGCUAUGAGUGUGCAUGCGAGCCAGGCUACACAGGAGCAAUGUGUAACAUCAACAUUGACGACUGUGCCAUCAAUCCGUGUCACAAUGGUGGCACGUGUAUUGAUGGCAUAAACAGCUUCACUUGCCUCUGCCCAGAAGGCUACAACGAUGCCACCUGUUUGUCGCAGGUGGAUGAAUGUGGUAGCAACCCCUGCAUCCACGGCCGGUGUCAGGAUCUCAUCAAUGGCUACAAAUGUACCUGUGACUCUGGAUGGAGUGGUCCAAACUGUGACAUCAAUAACAAUGAGUGCGAGUCCAACCCAUGCAUGAAUGGUGGAACCUGCAAGGACAUGACCAGCGGAUACCACUGCACAUGCAGAGCAGGGUUCACUGGACCUAACUGCCAAACUAACAUCAACGAGUGUGCCUCCAACCCAUGCCUCAACCAAGGCACCUGCAUUGAUGAUGUGGCUGGAUACAAGUGCAACUGUUUGCUGCCCUACACUGGUGAUAACUGUGAGAUCCUGCUGGCUCCCUGCAGCCCUAGACCCUGCAAAAAUGGUGGAGUUUGUAAGGAGGCUGAAGACUACCAAAGCUUUUCCUGCAUCUGCCCUGAAGGAUGGCAAGGUCAAACAUGUGAGAUUGACAUCAACGAGUGUGUGAAGAGCCCAUGCCGCAAUGGUGCUCUGUGCCAUAACACCAUGGGUGGUUACCAGUGCAAAUGCCAGCCAGGUUACACCGGCCAGAAGUGUGAAACUGAUAUUGAUGACUGUAAACCAAAUCCCUGCAGUAAUGGUGGUCUGUGCCGUGAUGGCAUCAACUCUUUCACAUGCACCUGUCUGCCUGGUUUCCGUGGUGGCCGGUGUGAACAAGACAUAAAUGAGUGUGAGAGUAACCCCUGUAAGAACGGGGCCAACUGUACAGAUUGUGUCAACAGCUAUACCUGCACCUGCCCACCCGGCUUCAGUGGCAUCAACUGUGAGAUCAACACCAAUGACUGCACUGACAGCUCUUGCUUCAACGGUGGCACCUGUGUGGAUGGAAUCAAUGCCUUUACCUGCUUGUGUUUACCUGGAUUUACCGGAAGCUACUGUCAGUAUGAUAUCAAUGAGUGUGACUCCAAACCGUGCUUGAAUGGAGGCACUUGCCUUGAUAGUUAUGGGACGUACAAGUGCACCUGCCCUCAUGGUUACACUGGAGUCAACUGUCAGAAUCUCGUGCGCUGGUGUGACUCCUCCCCAUGUAAAAAUGGAGGCUCGUGCUGGCAGCAAGGAGCCUCAUACACCUGCCAGUGUCAGACUGGAUGGACUGGCCUCUACUGUGACAUUCCGAGUGUGUCUUGUGAAGUUGCCGCCAAACAGCAAGGUGUGGAGGUGGCUCAACUGUGCCGGAACUCAGGCCAGUGUCUGGAUGCUGGGAACACACACUACUGCCGCUGCCAGGCAGGCUACACUGGGAGUUACUGCCAGGAACAAGUGGACGAGUGCUCACCCAACCCCUGCCAGAACGGAGCCACAUGCACUGAUUAUCUAGGAGGCUACAGCUGUGAGUGUCUCCCUGGUUACCAUGGUGUAAACUGCUCAAAAGAGAUCAAUGAAUGCCAAUCCCAGCCCUGUCAGAAUGGAGGUACCUGCAUCGACCUCAUCAACACAUACAAAUGCUCCUGUCCUAGGGGAACUCAAGGUGUCCACUGUGAGAUUAAUUUGGACGACUGUAACCCCUCCACUGACCCAUUGACCAAUGAGCCUAAAUGUUUCAACAAUGGCAAAUGUGUGGACCGCAUUGGAGGCUAUCAGUGCAUGUGCCCCCCGGGCUACGUUGGCGAACGCUGUGAAGGAGAUGUCAAUGAGUGUUUGUCAGACCCCUGUGAUCCCAGAGGGUCAUAUAACUGCAUCCAGCUCACCAACAGCUACCGAUGUGAAUGCCGCACUGGAUACACAGGUCAGAGAUGUGAUAAGGUGUUUGAUGGAUGUAAAGGACGACCCUGCAGAAACGGAGGGACAUGUGCUGUAGCAAGUAACACACCACAUGGUUUCAUCUGCAAAUGCCCACCUGGUUUCACUGGAUCAUCUUGCGAGUAUGAUUCUCGCUCUUGCGGGAGUCUGAACUGCAGGAACGGAGGAACCUGUGUGUCCGGUCAUUUAGGCCCACGCUGCUUGUGUCCGGCAGCCUUCACUGGGCCUGAAUGCCAGACUCCCACUGACAGCCUCUGCAUCUCCAACCCCUGCUACAAUGGUGGAACUUGCCAGAUCACCUCAGACGCACCUUUCUUCCACUGCAGCUGCCCCAGUAAUUUCAACGGCCUGCUAUGUCACAUCCUGGACUACUCCUUCACCGGAGGAUUUGGCCGCGACAUUACCCCUCCUCCGGAAGUGGAGGUGAGCUGUGAGAUUCCUCAGUGUGACGAGUGGGCAGGGAACCACAUCUGCGACUCGCUGUGCAACAACCACGCCUGCGGAUGGGACGGAGGAGACUGCUCACUCAACUUUGAUGAUCCUUGGCAAAAUUGCUCUGCGGCUUUGCAAUGCUGGCGCUACUUCAAUGAUGGGAAGUGUGAUGGUCAAUGCAACAGCCCAGGGUGUCUUUAUGACGGCUUUGACUGCCAAGGACAGGAAGGACAAUGCAACCCUCUGUAUGACCAGUACUGUAAAGACCACUAUGCAGAUGGUCACUGUGAUCAGGGUUGCAACAAUGCAGAAUGUGAAUGGGACGGUCUGGACUGUGCCAACAACAUGCCGGAGAAACUCGCCGACGGUCACUUGGUUCUGGUGGUCCACAUUCCCCCAGAACAGCUUAAAAAUCGCUCCUCAGCCUUCCUCAGAGAACUCAGCAGUGUUCUCCACACUAAUGUGGUCUUCCGUCGUGAUGCCAAAGGAGAACCGAUGAUCUUCCCUUAUUAUGGUAACGAACAGGAUCUGGUUAAACACAACGUACUGAAGCGCUCCACAGACGGCUGGUCUGAGUGGGCCUCAGUGCCAGCUAACGUUCUGAAUCAAGUGACGGAGAGUGUGUCUUCUGUGGUCAGCCCACGAAUACGUAGAGAGCUGGACCCUUUGCAAGUCAAAGGCUCUGUAGUGUACCUGGAGAUUGACAACCGUCAGUGUUAUCAGCAGUCGACCGAAUGCUUCCAGAGUGCCACUGAUGUAGCUGCAUUCCUUGGUGCGCUGGCCUCCAGUGGGAAUCUCAAUGUCCCCUAUAUUGAAGCUGUUACAAGUGUGAGACCCAGUCCCCCCAGCUCGGAGCUCUACCCCAUGUAUGUUGUGUUUCUGGGCCUGGCUGCUCUUGGUUUCGUCUGCCUUGGUGUCCUGGUGUCCCGUAAACGGCGACGUGAGCAUGGCCAACUUUGGUUCCCCGAAGGAUUCAAAGUGUCUGAACCCAAAAAGAAACGCAGGGAGCCGGUUGGAGAGGAUUCUGUUGGCUUAAAGCCUAUGAAAAACUCUGACAUUAACCUUAUGGAUGACAAUCAAAAUGAAUGGGGUGAUGAGGAUCCAGACUGCAGGCGUUUCAGGUUUGAGGAGCAGGCCAUGCUGGACUUGAGUGAUCAUACAGACCACAGGAAAUGGACUCAGCAGCAUCUGGAUGCAGCUGACCUACGUAUCGCAUCCAUCGCUCCAACUCCUCCUCAGGGAGAGAUAGAGAAUGACUGUAUGGAUGUCAAUGUCAGAGGACCAGAUGGUUUCACUCCACUGAUGAUCGCUUCCUGCAGUGGUGGAGGACUCGAGACCGGUAUCAGUGAAGAAGAAGAGGAUCCUUCAGCAGAAAUCAUCUCUGACUUCAUUUACCAGGGUGCCAACCUCCACAACCAGACUGACCGUACAGGUGAGACUGCACUCCACUUGGCUGCUCGGUACGCCCGCUCGGAUGCUGCCAAACGCCUCCUGGAGUCCAGCGCUGAUGCUAACGUUCAGGACAACAUGGGCCGCACUCCACUUCAUGCUGCUGUGGCUGCAGAUGCACAGGGAGUCUUCCAGAUUUUAAUUCGCAACCGUGCCACUGAUCUCGACGCCCGCAUGCAUGAUGGAACAACUCCGCUGAUUCUGGCUGCCCGUUUGGCGGUUGAAGGCAUGGUCGAUGAGCUAAUCAACUGCCACGCUGAUGCCAAUGCCACUGAUGAUUCUGGUAAAUCUGCUCUUCACUGGGCUGCAGCUGUAAACAACGUGGAGGCUGCUCUGGUGUUGCUAAAAAAUGGUGCCAACAAAGACAUGCAAGAUAACAAAGAAGAGACGCCAUUGUUCCUUGCGGCCCGUGAAGGAAGCUUUGAAACAGCCAAGGUCCUGCUGGAGCAUUUCGCCAAUCGCGAGAUCACCGACCAUCUCGAUCAGCUGCCCAGAGACAUUGCACAUGAGCGCAUGCACCACGACAUCGUGCGCCUGCUGGAUGAGUACAAUGUGGUUAGGAGUCCUGGGCUCCACAACGCCCCAUUGAGUAACUCCAGCCUCUCCCCACCUCUCUGCUCCCCCAAUGACUAUCUAAGCAACCUUAAGCCAGCACUUUCUGUCAAGAAGGUUCGUAAACUUAGCUCCGGUAAGGGAGGUAAAGAUGGAAACAAAGAUAACAAGGUUAAAAAGAAAAAGUCACUGGAUGGGAAGGGCAACUUGUUGGACACGUCAGCAGUCCUGUCCCCGGUUGACUCCCUCGAGUCCCCUCAUGGCUACCUAUCUGAUGUGGCUUCCCCUCCGAUGACAUCACCUUUCCAGCAGUCCCCACCCAUGUCACUCAAUCACCUUCAGGGCAAUGGAGACUCCCAUAUCGGUCAAAUGAGCAUGUCUUUUGACCCUAACCCACCACGUCUCUCCCACCUGCCCGUGUCCAGCCCCAGUAGUCAGGGCUCUACAUCCAUAGGGGGCAGCAGAGGAGGCCAGUGUGACUGGGUCUCCAGGAUGCACCCAGGUGUAGGCCAGCAGGGAAGCUUCGCCCAGGGCCCACCCAUCUCCCACAGCAUGUUGGGUGCUCUGCAUGGUGUCAGCACUGCCACUCUGUCUCAGAUGAUGGGUUACCAAGGUCUCCAGAGCAGCCACCUGGGUUCGUCUGCGCACAUGAUGCAGCAGGCGCACUCGCGGCUCCAGCACCAGAACUCCAACUCCACCACAGCCGGACAGCCGCUCAACCAGAGCUUCCCCAGCGUGGAGCUGAGUGGUUCUGACAUGCAGCAGAACAACAGCUCAGGUCGCUCGAUGCCCAUCCACACAGUGAUGCCCCAGGAGACGCAAAUCCUCGGCACCCAGUUUCUCACCCCUCCCUCCCAGCACAGCUAUUCCGGCCCCAUGGACAACACACCUAACCACCAGCUGCAGGUGCCCGACCACCCGUUUCUAACUCCCUCCCCCGGAUCCCCCGAUCAGUGGUCCAGCUCCUCCCCACAUUCCAACAUGUCUGAUUGGUCGGAGGGCAUCUCCAGCCCACCUACAAGUAUCCACUCACAGAUGAAUCUGAUCCCAGACCAGUUUAAGUAGAGACUUGUAAACUGGACAGGACUCUUAGUGAUUUAAAAAAAUAUAUAUAUAUACAAACUCCAUACAGAAAGAGAGUGAUGAACCUGUCACACAACGCUCUUUUUUGUUAUCAGUUUUUAUACUAACGAUAAAAACAGUUUUAGUAUUUUGUAUUUAUUUAUGUGCUUUUUUGAUCUGAAAUAUAAAGAAGAUGCUUUUAUAUUUAUGUUUUUUAUUUUUUAUUUUUUGAUUUGUUGUGUAUGGAAAGAUUAGAAGCAGUUUUAAAGGGAGUGUUUAUCAGAGAAAAAGCCUCCUAGAUGUGUACACUUGCUAUUUAUUUGUGUCUUGUGUUGCUAUUCACUGGAUUUAUUUUAUUUUUUGACCAUCAGUCUUCACAAGUAAAUUUUUUUGCCUUUGCAUUAUGUUGUACAAAGAAUUUUUCAACUUUUAUAGAAUAUUUUGGAAUUAUUUCAGUAUUAAUUAAUUAUAUUUUAACCUCCUUUGUCUUUUUAAAUGAGACAGGUUUUGUUACUGAACUUCAUUUCACCAAGUCUUAUCACUGAGUCUGUGUUAGAUGAUGAUCAAAUCUCAGUAUAAUUUUCAAGUAUCACCUUACAUCAUGUUGCUUGCUACGCUGUACUCUCCCGCAGAAAUGUAAAACAGUGAUUGACGUUGGAAACCUGGGACCUGAAAACACAAAACAGUGCACACUAUCAGUAAAUAUCCCUUAUCAGUCGAGAGAUGCUUUUAUAAAAAUGUGUGUCUAAAUCUACCUGAGCCUAUUGUUGUCGAAUAAUGGUCUGGGCCAGUGCUGAUUAAAUGAUUUGUGAUCAUUUAUGAUAUGGUUUCAUAUUGUAUCUCAAAUCACUAAUUAUGGUUACCAUGUUUAACCUGUUGUGUGUUAAAUCGCAGACCUGUUGUAGAGUUAUGACAUGUUACAUUUGCCACAGCUUAAAAUAGUGCCAGUGUGAUUUUUUUUUGUUUUUCCUAAGAAAAGCAAUGUAUUUGUGAGAUUUCUUGUUUUAAAAAAAAAUAUCUUCAAGGUGGAGAAUGUUUGCAAAAGAAACGGGGACCUUUGUGUGUUUAAUGACAUCGCCUGCACUUUGUGAAGAGUGUAUUUUAAGGUGUCUAAAUGUCAUGUUUUAUAAACUAAUCCAGAGAUAAAGAUGAUUUUAAGAAGAGAUGUAAUUCAAAAUCAAUGUUCAUGCAAAGUUGUAGUUUGCAAAGAAGUAUUUCCUGAUUAAAAAUGUUUUGUAAAAAUUGUCUUGAUUCAAUAAAUGAUACUGUUAAGCUUU